AUGAUAUUAAGCACAAUUUUCAUUUUAUUUUAUAUCAAUCAAGCUCUUGCGAUAUGUUCAGGUAUACUAAAAAAUUGAAUUAAGCAGAUGAUAUACCCUACUUAACCACCAGAAACCUUAGACCUACCUAAUCCUUAUGUGACAAUACUAUGAUGUUCAAUCUAUCAUUUGUAGAUUACCCACUUACUAUUGAAAUUGCCAAACAACUACAGACAAUAUACACAAUUGCUCCAAUUUCAAUGCUCUCGGCAUCUGACAUGCAUGGUAAUCUAAAUGGUAUUAGUUCUAAAAAUAUCUUUUAAAGCCUACACUGCAACUAGUUUUGAGUUUAGAUCCCCAUCUUAACACUAAAUAGAAGGAACUUAAUAUGAUUUAGAAAUGCUAAUUCAUCAUUAAUUAUAAGAAGGAUUAGUUUCAGAUUCUCAAAUGGCCAUUGUAUCUAUCCUAUUCAAAAUUGAUAAAAAGUAAUCACAACCAUUUUUUGAUGAUUACUAUUUCAAGAUAUUGAAACAUCAAAACACUACCACUCUUACAAUUAAUUUUCACAAUUCCCUUGGAACAUAAAUUCCUUAAGAUUCCACAUUCUAUACUUAUAUGGGUACAUUUAAUUCACAUUUGUUGGAUUGCAAAUAGUUGGUACAAUGGUAUGUAUUAGAUACUCCACUUCCUAUAUCUUCAUAAUAAGUUGAUCAAUUUAAUUAUUUCUUUAAUGGCAAUUACACCAAAAGAGAAAACAUCUCUUAGGAAAAAACAACUGAAGUGAUAGAAAUAUUAAAAUUAAAGGGAAAAUAUUGUGAAAGCCAUUUAGCCCGUGAUUUUGGUUUGUUCUUAGGCUAUUGUGCUAUGAUAUUCAUAAUUUAUAAAUCAAUUUGA